AUCAUUGUCGUUUUUGUGUGUGCGAGUUGAUAUCUAGGCGACACUCGCACUCAAUACAAAGAUCAUAACGAGUCAGUAAAUUGCGACGGUAGCGAAAUUCGCGUGUGAAAAAUUUGCAAUAACUUUUGGAAUUGGUGAAAUUUGUUCGAACAAUUGUGUUGAACUGCAAGCUGCAAAACGGAGCGAUCAGGUUGUGUAGAAAAAACUCACUAGCAUUUGACCUCGUCUAGCACCUUUUUUCCCCUCUAAAAGCACUCCUGUGCCAUACGAUGAGCGAGUUUCGCGGUGGUGCUAGCAGUCAUGUAGGCCUGACAGGUGGAGGUGGCGGUGGUGGUUCAGCUUUAGCUGCCAGCCAUAACUUCGAGGGGAGCAUAGAGGAUAUUGAUCGGCAGCUGGAAGCGCUAGAUCAGGAAAGUGAUUCCGAUUCUGAAUCGCUCGAGGAACUCGAAGCGUGCGAGAAGAUAGAGGUCGUGAACAGAGCGAGCGGUACGACAGAGGAUGAUCCGUCCGGGUCCGCACUGGAUGUUACAGUGCGCUAUACGGUUUGCCUGUUUUGCAAGAAACCCUUCCAACUCAAGAAAGAGUUGAAGAAACAUCUAUUUGAGCACAUGAAAAAUUUGAAGCCAAUGAAGGAGAAAAAGAUUGUCGAAAAGAAGUUCAAAUGUCACAAAUGUUUCAAAACCUACACCGAGAAGGCACGUGCCGAAAAGCACAUGACUAAGUGCAAGAAGGUUUCCAAGCUAUUGCUGGAUAUGAGUAAUACAACUCCAGACGGAAACCGAAUAUUGGGUGGUGGUGUUGACUAUGAAGGCAGUGGUGGUGGCGGAGUCAAAAAGAAGAGUGGCAAAUUCCGAGAACCUACCUCACCGAGAUCGUUGGUCUUCGACCCGGAAUCGGACCAGGACGAGAGGUGGGAGCAACGCGAAAGGAACCCGGUGGUGCAUUUUGACGAGAGAACCAUGGCUCGGGGAGGAAGCACAGAUGAAUCGCCAACUUCACCGCCAGCGGUCAGUAGAGGCACAGGAAGCGGUGGUGGUGGUGGUGGCGGUGGAAGUGGAUCAUACUAUAAACAGUACCAAAGGUGUAAGUAACAUGUCGUAUGACCCACGGAAGGACGAGUGAUUGGAGCUUUUCGCAACUAGAAUGAAAAGUCGCUACUUUUAGGAAUCCGUACAGUAUAGCAUUGUAAGUUAUUAUUUAUAAGUGAUAAUAUGUAGCAUACAAUGUUUGAGCGCGAAAGCGCCGUCGCAUAAAUCGCUAUUACAUUGAUGACUGAGCUGAGAGCUGGAGAGAAUGGCGAUAAUAUUCACAAAAUACUGCAGAACAAAGGACUCAGGAUUUUAAAAUCACACACACACACACACAUAAUUGAUGUAAGCAGCAACGAGAAACGUAAAAACUGAAGCAAAAAAUAAAGUAUAACAACACACAAAAUAUGCAGCUACAAGUCAGUUUUGUAAACGUAGAAUAUGGUAUAUACAUCCUAUUAGUGGUUGGUUGAAAAAUGCCAAGGAAUGAGCUAAAAGAGAUAUAUUAUUAAUUUUAAUUUAUUCAAAACCGGAUGUAAGGAUUGUGAUACUUGCCACAUACUAUUAAUGUUUAUAUAUUUUUUUUGCAUUUUUGUACUGUUCGGAGUUUGAGUCUUCGUCUAUCGAAUGAGUCACGACCCAACAAAAUGUUAUGACGAAAUGUGACACAAUCACGUUCAUGAAAAUCGUCUCACAUCCGCGGCAAGACACAACCAUGUUCCCCAAACACACUUGAAACAAUAACACAUUAUUAUACACACAUAUAAACAACCAAUUCUCCAAUCAAUCGUUUUGAUCAAUCUUUUUCAAAGUAAAGUGCUAAGCUCUAAAAUAUAAAUUACUAGAUGAUUGAGGAGCGCGAUUGAAAUGAGCCGCGUGAACUGAAAAGUGGAAACAGUUCUCUGUGUGCACCUACAAUGGCCUAAACAAAUAGCAAAUCACAUAAUCAACCUUCGAUGCGAACGAUGGAUAGUUGUGCAAACAAUGAAAAAUCGACCUCGUCAUUCUCAUAGCAUUCUUCCAAAUUUCUCUCGAAGAAUUUUCCAUGUAUUACAUACGUGAAGCUCCUUCGCUCGUGGUCUGUACUGGUCACGCAUCGACCCACAGUGGGCAUUUCGUUUGAAGAGCGUCCAUUUUCCUGCCAACUGGGCAUUUGGAAUUGUAGUAAAUUCACUUUCCAUUGCUAGUUGAAUACACCUCAGCAGUGGCGUCGACUGGGGGUGCGGAGGGAGAGUACCUCCUUAAGGGUCCCCAUCAUACCAGUCGUUUCUGCCGAUCAGUACCUCGACUCCACAGUGUAUUCGUCCCUGAUGGCUGUGCGAAUUUUGCACCAACCAUCUUCACGAGAUGUUGCUCGUAGUCUUUCGCAGCUUGGGGGUUCCGUAGCCGCUGGGUUCAGCUCUAUCGCACCUGAUAAACAGUCGACAGGUUUGAGCGCAUACAAACCGCUACUAGAUAGUGAUCCGAGUUGAUAUCCGCACCUCGGAAGGUGCAUACGUUGGUGACGUCUUUUUUUAAAUAGAUUAGAAAAUGCUCUACCAACCUUAUCUGGGACGGCUUAACCCAGACUUCGUGUGGGACUCACACCCACUAAAACAUCAACAUCGACUACACAGCCACCCUCGCGGGGUUUCUCUUCCCAAUGAUGCGCCGAUUAGGUAGUGCCCUCCAACAUGACGCGCACUCCGUCACAUAUUCCCGUAGGAUACCAUCCAGCACAACAGCCCUCGCAGUUGUUCCCCUUCCGUUUAUCUUUGUGAUCACGAACUCUCGCGAGACCACGAGACUACCUCCUGAAUGGGAUAUCGGCACAUGUCUUCAAUGGCGGCCUUUACCCGUCACCCAAUUGCCGUUACCGGAGGAAACGAGAUACGGCUUCGCGAUGAUUGCUACAUCACAGUUUGUUUCUGUCGCUGACAGUCGCAACAUUUGCUGUGCGGUGUCACAAUUGUUGUGAUUAAUUUGGCUUAUCUUCAUCACUGUUGGUUUGCCUUUGCCUGUUUGUACACAGGGCAAUUGAAGCCUCCGUCGUUUGGUCAUAACUGACCUUUUUUUUGCAGAGCAUACACCUUAGUUGCCCCUUGCAGUCGCUGGCAAAGUGACCUUACAUUCCACAUUUUCUGUACAGGUUGGAUCUAUCUGGCCCCAAGCAGUCUUUCGCCAGGUGUCCGAAGUUUAAACACCUGAAGCACCUCUCCAGUUGUUGGGGAACAGAAGGAAUGAUUCUAAAACGACCCACAGCCCAGCAGACGUUCAUGCUCUCUAACUUCAGCAACUUGUUCGCUGCGUCCGUCGAGAGACGAGUCGUUGCGAUCUGCGUCCCGCGAUACGCCUUACUUAAUUGGAUUUUUAUCGAAACUUUGCCCACGAUGUUCUCCUCCUCCAACUUCUGACGCAGAUCCAUCUCAGUGGUAAAUAGACUGAGGCUCCUGCAUUCUAUCGAUGACUCGGAGGAUAAAGCCCUUACAUUCGCUCCGUCGCCGAGAACCCUUUCGACAAGAUCCUUGAAUGCUAAGCUCCUGAUUUCCGGCUCUCUCUUCAGCUCGAACAGCAUUUCGCCAUUCUGGGUGCGCCUGGACUUCACCACGCUCUGCUUCAGUUUCUCGAAGCCAGGGUCCUCUCGUUCUUUUUUUAUGUCUGCGUAUGAUACGUCGCCCUUGGUUUCGACGAUGAGUGCAUCGCCUUUGUCUCUCGCCCACCGAGGAUUAGACUUCUUGUCAUUUGGCCCCUGCCUCUUUUCAUUCUCUUUCUUCUUUUUUCCACUUGUCCACUCUCUUUUUCCUCGUUCCUUACUUUUUCUUGUUUCUGUUCACGACCGUACUCCAGUCGUUGCUCUUGUUAUCGGUGUCGCUCUGGUCGUCACUGUCGCCCUGGGCGGCACUAUCGCCUUGAUCGUCGUUGUCGUGGUCGUCCCUGCGUUUUAGAGCAUUUCUACUUCUGUUGGUUCGAGGUUUCGAGGAAUCCAGCCAGUCAGCCCUCCUUCCUGGAUUAAACUAGCGCUGGACUUUGGCAGGAACAGAGGAUUGAUCCCCCGACUUUGUUGAACCUCAGAUACUCCUCAAUUAAUGCCACUAGAACCUUGUGUUUCCACUUGGUUGAGUAUUGGCGAUCGCAUCAGCAUUCUACUAUUAGCGAACGCGUUGGCUUGGUCACCUGUCGUAUCCAUCAAACUACUUCUUCGUUAUUCAUUGUUUUUGUUGGUUGUCUUCAUUUUGGUUGGGUCCCAACUCCGGGCCGCUAUCUCCGCUCGUUGUACAUAGUCGUCUUUUUGUGAUCCCAUGGUUAUCUAUACAAGCAGUGAGGCCAUGCGAGGGUUGACACGAACCUUCAUAGAGACCGUGUUCAAAGCCGGCUCAGCGCAAGUCCGGCAUGUGACAUCUGAGCCUAGUACCUAGUGCCAAAGCCUAGACGAGCAUCGAACGUACCCGAAGACUUGCCAAGUUAUUACCGGGACGUGGGCAACCGCACUCAUUAUUUCAGGACCAACCCCACACAUUAUUUCAGGACCAAGAGUUAAUCUUAAACACUAAACUUUACUUAAAAAAAAACAAUUUCUUCUUUUCGAGCACACGAUGUGCAUCUAUUCACUAUUCAAAUUUAACUCUAACCUUACAUUCAUUGUCCCUGCUUAUAUAUAUCAAUGAUUUGUGUUUACAACAUCUUGAAUGUGGGAAUGUUUAUUCAUGGCAUCAGCGCGAUGUUGAUAUCGAUUCUUGUGAACGGUUGAUUGUUUAUUCUUGGUCUCCGGGUGGUCCGAUAAGUUGUGAUUGUUGAUGAUGAUGCAGCUGGAUGGUGAUUCGGAUGUUUAUAUUCCGCUUAUCGGCUAUGCGGUCUCGAUUUGUGCUAACUGUGCUAACUCCUCCCCUCUUGAUUGCUUUGUCCUCAAAGUUUACUUUUGGAUGGUGCGUAAUGGUGUUGGUGCAUCAAAGAAUGCUUGAAGUUGUUUUUUUCUUUCGUCUGAUAAUUCCUCUGUGUUGUUGGUGUCAGGUUUAAUUUCCGUUGUUUUUGGUGGCUCAUUUAUUAGGAUGGUCUCAGCGUUUUUGUCGAAGUGGACUGUUAUGUUGGCCUUUUGUUUACGUCUGGAAAGGAAUCGAAGAAUUGCAAAUGUGCUUGCGAUUAGAAUUAUUGUUGAUAGUCCAAAUGAUCCAAAGAUAUUGAGUUUCCAACUCAAGGAAUGAUUUUGCAGGUUUAAUAGUUCCAAUUUUUCGCGAUGUUCAAGGGUUAAAUUCUGAAGGUAUUCCACAGGUGGUGCGUCUAUGAUAUGAAUUUCGUUAACACGAAGUCCAGUGGUAGGAUCAUAUGUUUUUGCAGGAAUAGUUGUUUCAUAAUUGGAAUAUUGUUCGCCGUUGAUAUGAAGAUUGCAUUGGCUGAAUUGUAUUAAAAACGAUCCAUAUAGGGGUUGACUGGAAUUGGUACAAUUUGAUGAGACUUCUGCACCAGCGUCAUUGAUCAAAAUUGUUGCAUCGUUGAUUCGUUUUACGAGUCCCUUUGAAUAUACCUUUUCAAAGGUGCAAUUUGAAUGUUUCCCUGUAGUAAGUUUAUAUAUGCAUUCAUUUGCAUGUUCUAUUUGAGAAUUAUCGCAUAAGAAAUAGUCAUCAUAUAAUAAUUCCAAAAGAACAUUCUUUACAUCAGAAAUGGCCUUUGACUUAAUUGGUUUCAUUUUGAGAUAUUUUGAAAAUUUGUCAAGUGAGGAUAUAAAAAGGAAAUUGGCAUUGUAACAAAAUAUAUCGAGAUGUAUGAUCUCGCCAGGAUAAUUAGGGAUUGGAGUUCUUACGGGGAUAAAUUUCUGAGGUUGUCGUUCAUAUUUUUCCAUUUUGCAAAUUUCACAAGUUCUUAUAUAUUUCUGGAAAAGUUUAUGUAUUCCUGGGAAAAAGUAUUUCUUUAUGAGUUGAAGUGAGUUUUCCUUUGCAUUCCGAUGAGCGAAAUUAUGCACAUUCUUGAUUGUUUCUAACUGUUGUUCUUCAUCUUGAAUAUCUUCUACUUUUGUUUGCGAAAAUCUCACUUUCAAAAUUUUUGAAUUAUAGUUUGUUUUAUAAAUUUCUUGUAUAAUUCCCAUGGUUCGUUCAUCUGUCAUAAUUCCGUUCAAUAUUCCUGGGUUGAGAAAUUGUUGUAGUUUGUCCUUUAGAAAGUUUAUAUCAAAAUUUGGUUCAACAAAAGUGUGUCUGUUGUAUUUUUCAAAAAGAACAUUAAAUUCAUAGGAUGAAUUAGGCCCAAUCUGAAAAAUUAAUUGGUUCCGAAAAACGUUAAUGGGAGCCUCAGUUGAGGGUAUAUAGGAACUGUCAUCUUCUUCUGCCGAAUGUUGAGUAGGGGUUAAUGAAUUUAUUUGGAUGCGUGAAAGUGCGUCAGCUACUACGUUGGAUUUCCCUGGUUUAUAGAACAUUUCAUAAUCAUGUUCCUCAAGGAAAGCUUUCCAUCGUUUUAGCUUUGCAUUAUUGUUUUUGGGUGAUAAUGUGAAUGUGAGUGGGAGAUGAUCUGUGUAAAUUUUUAGUUUUGCUCCGUAGAUAAAAUUCCUUAAGUUGUGAAGAGCCCAUACGACUCCAAGCAUCUCUUUUUCGUUUGUUGCGUAGUUUUCUUCGGUCCUGGAAAGAGUUCGAGAAAUAAAUGUUAUUGGUCGUUCGCCGUCCUGGAAUUGCUGUGAUAACACUGCUCCUAUUGCUUUAUCUGAUGCGUCUGUGGUGAGAAUGAAGGUUUUUUUCAAAAUCUGGAAAUGUUAAAACGUCUUUAGAAGAUAAAAUUUCUUUAAGAGUAUUAAAUGAAUUUCGUGCAUCAUCAUCUAGAUUGAUGAUUGUGUUUUUUGACUGAUUUUUCAGAAUUUGGCGAUGGCCAUCCAGACAGUCCUAGAAAUGCGCGUAAAUCUUUCAGAGUUUUUGGUUCAGGGUAUUUACGAAUACAUUCAACCUUCUUAUCGUUUGGUUUUAGACCUUCUUUUGAAACAAUAAAGCCAAGAAAUUCGACUUCGGUCCUUAAAAAUUCUGAUUUGUCAGGUUGAAUUUUGAAAUUAGCUUCUCUUAAUGUUUCCAAAAUUGUUCUUAAAUUUUUCAAAUGUUCAUCAAGUGUUUUACCGAAUAUUAUGAUGUCAUCUAUAUAGACAUGACAUAUUUUUCCUAAGUGUUCUCUUAAAACUUUUUCAGACAUUGGGAUUUGAUGAAAUCCUGAUGCCAAAUCUGUUGGGUGUGUCUGCCUCAAUAUUUAGUUCACGCAUCUCUGCAGCAAGAUCCUUGUCACAAGCGACAGGUGACACUUCUGUCUCGCCGGAUGCUUCUGAUCUAAGAUCUUCCCUGUAGAUGUACUGGGUCCAGCCUGAUUUAGAGUCGAAAAAUUUGGUGUUUCGCCUGGAUCAACCAAUGUGGUAAAAAAUUUGUUUUCUCCUAAGUUAGAUAGGACUGUGGAUGUAUCCGGAAUUGGAUAUCUGUCACUAAUUGUUUUUGAAUUUAAUUUUCGGUAAUCUAUAACCAUUCUGUAUUUCUUUUCUUUAGAAGCAUCCUGUUUCUUUGGUACUAUCCAAACUGGUGAGUUGUAAGGGGAUCGUGAUGGUCUAAUAAUUCCAUCAUGUAAAAGUUUUUCUAAUUGUUUAUUAACUUCAGAUUUUAAAGCUUGAGGAUAAGGAUAAGUUUUGCUAUAGACUGCAUUUUCGUCAGUAGUUCUGAUAUCGGCUUUGACCUUUGUAGUAAAUGGUAAUUUUUCAUCCGGAGGUUGAAAUAAAUCUUGAAAAUCUUUUAAAACUUUUCCGAGUCUGUCUUUUUGUUGCUUGUCUAGGUGAUCAUCUCGAAUAUUUAUUUUGUUGAUUUCCUGUAGUUUGUAUUGUAGUAGAGGAAUAAUGAAUUUGUUUUCUAAAAUUAAUUUUUCAUUUGAAGUAUCUAUUACUGCUUUCAAUUCUUUUAAUGUGUCGUGUCCUAUGAUUGCAUCAAAAGAUUUUAAUUCAUUUAAAUGAAAGAAUUUAAUCAAAACAUUAGAAUAUGGUUUGAAUAAUUUUCCGCUGGAAUAUUUAUUAAUUUUUAUAUCUCCGCCUACUGAAGAUACAUAAAAAGGUUUUUUUAUUUUGUGGCUGAUACUUGCGUAUCGAGGGUGAAUGAAAUUUUUGUUUGAUCCUGUGUCAAUUAGAAUUUUUAGUGGUUCUUUUGCCUUACCAAAAUAAAGAAAGUAUGGUAGGGCAGAUUUUAAUCUAAAAAAUUUAGUUCUGCUUUUUCUAUGUCUUCUUCUUCAGGUGUUUCCCGUUCUUGUGUGUCAAUUGUUUUCAUAUAUCGUUCAUAUUGAGAUGAUUCUUCGGUUUGUUCCUCUUCAUUAUAUUCGUUAUCUAUGCAUGGAUAAUCGUGAUCAUUGGGAUUAAUUUCAACGAAAUUUUGGGGAUCUUCAUAUUGGCCGGUUUUAAUGUUGAAGAGUCUUGGUCUCUUCAUUGGGUUUACCUGAGUUGUAUUUUGAGGUCUAUUGCCGUAAUUUAUUUGUCUAGUCCUAAUGGAUGGAUCUACUUCCAUAGGUUCUGGUGGAUGAAAAAAAUCCUGAAAUGAGGUUAAUAUUGCAGCAAGUUUAUGUUUUUCUUUGGUGUUUAGAUGUUCGUUUCUAAUGUGAAUUUUAUUGAUUUGCUGAAAAUUAUGUUGUAAAAGUGGAAUAAUAUUAUUGUUUGGUAUAAUAUUUUUUUUCUUCAGAGACAUCGAUGAUUGCUUUAAGUUCUUGCAGAGUAUCAUGACCUACAACUGCGUCAAAUGUUUUUAAUUCAUGCAUGUGGUGAAAUUUUAUUAUUUUGUCGGAGUAUGGUUUGAAGAAUUUUCCUUGAGAGAAUUUACUGAUGGUUAUGUUUCUUCUUAUUGAAGAAACUGAAAAGGGUUUUGCUACAUUGUGUGAUAUUUUUGUGAAUGUGGGAUGUAAUGGUGGUUUUUGGAAAGAAUUUUGUGGGAAUGGUUGAUUAAAUUAUGUCAUAAUAGUAGCAAUUUUACACAUGUUGCUGAAUUAAUAUGUACAAAAGAAAUUUUUAUUUUAAUUAUUUGCCUUCUAAGGGUAACCAUGUAAUUGGGUCGUCCCCAGGCAAAUUUUUGAUUCUUUCAAUAAGUUCUUCCCAUGUUUUUGGGUCUGGUGUAUAUUUUCCUUUUAAUGGAGCAAAAGGUUCCGGAGCUUUACCACUUUCAACCACAUCUAAAAAUUCUAAAAACUCAUUUAAUUCUUUAUCAUCCAUUUUUUUAUUUAGUUGUUUGAUCUUGUAAAAAAAAAAAAAAAAUGUUUUCGUGAAAAAAUUGUUUAAUAAAAAUAAAUGUUUGUUUUAAAAAUAAUUGUUUCACAAAAAGUUUUAUCCUAAAAAUAUUGUUGGAAAAUUAUCAAAAAAUUUUAACCUUACCUGAAAAAGAAUUAGUAUAUAUAUAUAUUUUUUUUUUUUUUUAAAUAAUAUGAUUAUUUUCAAUGAAUAUUUUGGAAAUUACCUUUAUUUUUUUCUGAAAUUAAUUGUUUUGUUAUUUUAUUUAAUUAAUUAAUUGUCACACUAUAUUUUGGAAUUAUACAAUUAUUUGCACUACUUGUAUUUGAAUCUUUGUUAAAUUAUUCACUUUAUUUCACUUUGUGAUAUUUCUGUUUUUGUUUUUAGUACUUACAUGUAAAUCCUGAACAUCUUGUGGGAACACCACAAGACUGCGGAACAACGUACUUUCGGAUGUCAAUCCUCUUUCAGUGACGUCUCGAAAAGCUUCGGUGCGCGUGUCCAGUACUUUUGUCUCGAUGUCCUAUUAUCACCUUUUGAUUUAUCCAACCGCUGGCGGGUUCAGCGAGACUGGUUGGUCGGGAUCCUUGAAGUGUCUUCCUUCCUUCCCAGUGUGGCGGCAAAUUCCUGUUCGGUCCACAAGCGAGCUCCUAACUGUUGUGGCUACUGAGGGGCUCUUCCACACGGCUGCAGAGGUCCUGCGGUCCAGAGAGGCUUCGUGCGUUCGGAUAUUUUUUCGGAUAGUGUGGGUGGUAACUCUAUCGUUCACCCUAUCACUUCACUUGUCUCACUUCCUUGGCACUACUUUCACUUGGCAAGGUCCCUAUUCGGGCGCCAGUUAAUCUUAAACACUAAACUUUACUUAAAAAAAAACAAUUUCUUCUUUUCGAGCACACGAUGUGCAUCUAUUCACUAUUCAAAUUUAACUCUAACCUUACAUUCAUUGUCCCUGCUUAUAUAUAUCAAUGAUUUGUGUUUACAACAUCUUGAAUGUGGGAAUGUUUAUUCAUGGCAUCAGCGCGAUGUUGAUAUCGAUUCUUGUGAACGGUUGAUUGUUUAUUCUUGGUCUCCGGGUGGUCCGAUAAGUUGUGAUUGUUGAUGAUGAUGCAGCUGGAUGGUGAUUCGGAUGUUUAUAUUCCGCUUAUCGGCUAUGCGGUCUCGAUUUGUGCUAACUGUGCUAACUCAAGACCCGAAGUGCGUUUCUAGGCCGGCAUGUCCACAGUUCGGUUGGUGAUGUCUGAGAGAAACCGUCCGUCGAUGAGAUCAUGAUCAAUUUGGUUUGCCGUUCGUUGAUCAGGUCAUCUCCAUGUGGCUUUGUGGAUGUCCUUGCGGAGAAAGAAGAUAAUUUGGACUACCGGUCCUCGAGAGGCUACAAAGCUUACGCAUCGUUGGCCGUUGUCGUUCGUCUCGGUGCGCAGACUGUCAUGUCCGAUCACUGGUUUGUACAUGGCUUCCUUUCAGAUCUGAGCGUUCAUAUCGCCGAUGACAAUCUUGAUAUCUCGACGCGAAAAACUGUCUUAGACAUACUCUAGCUGCGCGUAGAAAGCUUCUUCCAUGCUGGCAGCGCACAUCGAUGAUGCUGUAGUUGUAAAACCGGCCUUUUAACCUCAAUACACACAUCCUGCCUACAAUAAAGCCGGUACCCAGCUCGUUUGAUGUGUCGCCACUCUGAUAGUAUUAGGCCCUGCGACUACACAUCUUUCGUAUGUUCUAUCCUUUCCAGCAAGGCUCCUGCAGUGCUAUAUACGAUUAGAAUCCUGUCGCAACCCAGGAUAUUCAGCGAUCUACAGUUCUAAGUACCGAGCUUCCAAUCGUCGUUCUUUAUUCGUUGCCGAUUGUUCCGAUCCGAAUUUCCUUCUCGAUUGUUCGUAGUAACUUGUUUCUCACUAUGCUACAUAACUAGGGUAGCGAUGGCUAACCACGUAUAAUAUCUCACGCCCGUUGAAAGUUUGUGAGUUGACAAUUGUCGAUCAUAUUAGGUGAUGUUAUAGAGAAUUCCUUUUUUUUUUUGUUGAUUUGAAUACCCAUACCGCCGUUACUUUUUAGUGAAAAUAACCCCAAUAAUCACAUCGAGAUUAUGUAUUCAUAUGUCAUAUAAAUAUCAAAUGUUGUUUUCUAACGUUUUUCAAAUUAAAUUCCUGAAUAAUCUUAUAUCCAACGAAUAUCGAACGAUGUUCCGAAAAAUUUAGAUGAACUACGAUGUUUUUUGUCAAAUUGAAGAACACACCCUAAAUCUAAUUUUCACAGCGGGUCGAUUCCACUUUUCUGCUCUUUAAUAAGAUGACUAGAACACAAUAAUUAAAACUAGGAAGCCACUGUCCAAUAAUACUACAAUUAAUACCUAACUAUUCAAUGUAACUCGAUGGAAAUCUAUCUAAUCCUUACUUCGUUGCAACAUAAAGCAAACAGGCGAGACACAUUCACACAUAUUGAUAUAACGUGGAAAGAUAUAUGAUAACAGCUUAACGAAAAAAAAACAUUAAAUGCUAAUGUGGACAACUACAGAGCAGCUAUAGCCAAUAGCCGGAUAAACUAACUAACUAAAGUCAAUAUUAUGAACAAAAUAAAUGCAAAGCGCGUGAAUAAGAAACACAAAAUGGGAUAUAAGCAAAACAAUAAGCAAAAUCUGUGUCUGUAUAGUUGUAGGUAGAGGAUAUGAAAAUACGCAAAACCUAAGGAAGUUUCAAUUGGAGGUAGCGAUUGAAAAUGAUUAAUAUAUAACCAGAAGACGAUCUACAGUCAUUUUCUGUCUUAGAGAAGUAUAUGUUUGAAUGUGGCAUAAGUCUGCUGCGCGUGCGUUUGGUUGUGUGCUGAAUGUGUAAUCAAUGGAUGAGAGACAGGACCAGUGCGCGACUGUUUUAGAGAUAUAUUAUAAACUAUCGGUACUAAUAUCUACGCUCUGAUCCAAUUAUCCGGAGUAAGUCCCUUCCCAAUCCAAUCAACAGUUCCCCCGCUGUCAUGCCCACUAAUUGCUAGAACGUAUAUUUUAUAGAGUUAGUUUUUUCUAUCGUCGCAGAGAAAGCUUUUCUUGGAGGAAAUUUUCUGAUUUGAUUGAUGUCUAUCGAUACCAACAAGAUUGUAUAGAAUUAUUAUGAUUUUACGUGAUGUAAACAAAUUGCAAUUGAAAAUGAAACCCAAUCAACCAAAAUGUUAAUGUUGAAAAAUCCAAACUAAAUAAAAAAAAUGUUUGCGUGUAGAAUUAAACAACACUGUUAUUCUGAAAAGAACAAAAUUUCAAAUAUACCAAUGCAAAUUAUCUCGCUACGGAGAAGAACAAUGACUUUUUAAAGGAAUGUUAAUCGUGCUCAUCUAGUUUUUCCGAAAUUAUGACUAAGUUGAAAAGGUGAACUUUGCAAAAUACACACAAAAUGCAGAUCAAUGAAGACAUGCAUAAUUUUCCGUACUCAGUCCAAUUUAAUAUGAAAUCCUUUUGCUCGAAUGUAUUCUAUAAAUAAAACAUAUAAAUUCAAACAAGA